GUUGGCUCUUGGGAAUUAAAGAGUGAAUUGGAUGAACUACUUGGCAUUGACAGUAAUCAAUGUUUGAACAUCCUUUUGUCAAGUGGGCUCAGCUCACUUGGAAAAUAUGCAGCUGAAGACAUUAAACAGCUCGUAGCCACACUUCUAGUAUUGUAUUCAGUGAUGGAACUGUUCUUACCAGAAUAUUUCCCCCUUGGUGGAUCAUCAGCUCGAGAGUUCCCAGCAUCCGGCAUCUGCUUUGAACAAAUUUUAUCAGACAAUCUGUUGUUCAGUGGUUGUGGGAAUUCAUUUCCACAAAUACUGACAGCCAUUCAGACAGCUUUUAUGUUUUGUUUGAAGAUGGAAAAGAAGCAUCCGGUUGUUUAUUCAACUCUAGAACUAGGAACCAGUUGGUUGAAUGUAACUACUGCCUUUAUGCAGUCUGAUGUAGAAUAA